GGGGGACUUCAAAGACCUCAAAGAAAUGGGUGACAAAACUGGGGACACACAGCCAAACGUAUUUAUAGAAGGUGGGAAACUGAUACUGUGAGUGUGCAGCAGAAGGCAGAGAGACAGAGGGAGACAGAGAGGGAGUGGGCAGGGCUCUAGGUAUGAAAGAACAGCAGUUCGGCAGGCUAGUGGGACAGAGCCGGAGAAACAGAUGAAGAGGAAGAGGAGGGAGCGCGUGUGAAAUCAGAGCAGGAGAAGGCUGUGAUUAGGAACAGAGAUGCUGAGAGGGGAUGUAGGGGGCGAGGCUGGGAGAGGUGCAGAGUGUGUGUGAGGAGCAGUGUGUGAACAGAGGGAUGCAGUCAUGUCUCUGUGAGAGGGAGCAGCACAGCAACGGUAACCAUGCUGAGCCCCAAGAUAAAACAGGCACGCCGGGCCCGGUCCAAGAGCAUGGUUCUUGGAGAGCUGUCCCGGCUCUCCAGGCCCUGCUCGCCUCUGGAGCAGGAGAAGGCGCUGAAGGCCGGCUGGCUGAGGAGGCAGCGGAGUAUCAUGAAAAACUGGCAGCUGCGUUGGUUCGUCCUGAGGACCGAAGCUCUGUACUUCUACAAAGACCAGGAUGAAAGUAAAGCACAGGGUUGCAUUCCUCUUCAGGGCAGUCAGGUUAAUGAAGUUCCAUCCAACCAGGACGAUCCUGUUCGCCACCUUUUUGUAAUUGUUCCAGGCGGUGCUGGGGAAAAGGAUCGAUCUGGCGUGGGUCAUGAAUCAUUCCUGCUGAUGGCCAACUCACAGAGUGACAUGGAAGAAUGGGUCAGAGCCAUACGUAGAGCUAUAUGGGCUCCCCUCGGUGGAGGCGUCUUUGGUCAACAUCUUGAGGAGACAAUGACAUACGAGGCCCAGUGUGGGACUCCACGAGAGGUCCCAGUGUUGGUUGAGCAGUGUGCCUGCUUCAUACGUGAGCAUGGACUCAAGGAAGAGGGUCUGUUCAGGGCUCCUGGGCAGACGAAUCACGUCCGAGAGCUGCAGGACGCCUUUGAUCGUGGCGAGAAGCCAGUGUUUGACAGUUCCACGGAUGUCCACACAGUGGCAUCACUGCUGAAGCUGUAUAUACGAGAGCUGCCAGAGCCCAUAAUUCCAUUCUCCAAAUACACUCAGUUUCUCUCUUGUGCUCAACUUCUCAACAAGGAUAAAGAAACGGGUAUCGCAGAGUUAAGGAAACAGGUGAAAUCUCUUCCUCAGGUCAACUACAGCCUCAUUAAAUACAUCUGCAAGUUUCUUGAUGAAGUUCAGUCUUAUUCCAAUGACAAUAAGAUGAGUGUUCAGAACCUGGCUACAGUGUUUGGACCCAACAUCCUUCGGGCUAGAGUGGAAGAUCCCGUCACAAUGAUGGAGGGAAGCUCGCAGGUGCAGCAGCUGAUGACUGUGCUGAUAAGUGAACACUCCCAGCUUUACUCAAAUGAAGCACCUGAAGUCGAGACUCUGCAGCCUCAGGAUAUCCAGCGGUACAAAGUGGAAUGGCUUCCACAGGAAAAUGCAGAAACUUGUUCAUCUGUCAGCUCAGGAAACCCUAGAGAGAUGUCUCGAUCUUCCAGCCCCUCUACGGACAGUAAACUCACCACAUCAAACCCUGUUCUGGUGGAGAAGGUGGAGGACAGCUGCAAAGAAGGGAAAGGCAAAAGCCAGUCAGAUGAAAACCUGGACAAAAGUGCAUACGGCAAACUAGAAGGACAAAGUGAAGUGGAUGUCAGUCCUAGCAAACAGUUUAAAGCCCUGCCCUCCUGGAAAGGCUCGCUCAAGGGCAGCGGAGCCUCUGGAGGACCGAAGGGGAAAAUAGGGGGCUCGGCAGGAGACGUGUCAGCAGCUGGUGGGAGCAACUGGCUGAUGAAUGGCUUGUCAUCCCUACGAGCACACAGGCGGACAACCUCUUCUGGUGAAAAAGUGAAGGAUUCCUCAGCAUCUCUGAAGGAUUCAACCCUUUUCCUUAAAGACGCCCCUCUCUCGCUGAAGGACACACACAGAGACUCUGACGACAACUUUUCUCAAGCAUCCCUGCCUCACAGAGUCUUGCACCCGUCCCACAGACUCUCUGCUUAUGACAAUGUCGCCCCUUCCAGCCUAAGCCUGCCCGCCGACAAUUCACCCAUCUGGACAUCCUAUGAAAUCUCGCUGUCGGAGCCAGGGGAAGGUGAUAAAGCACUGACACCAGAUCAGAAUAAAGACAAGCCCACAGAAACGAGUGAUGGAACAGACACCGUAGAUGACAGUGCAAGUGUCAAUGAAGAGGAGGUCGCAGGAACAAACGAGGACUUGGCGAGCAGGCUGACCAAGCUGAAGCAGGAGUUGAAGAAACAGAAGAUCAACUAUGAAAGCUGCAUUCGAAAGCUGGAGGAGUCCUGUUCCAAGUUCCAGUCACAGGUAAACCAGCUGGAAGAGGAGCUGGAUCAGGAGAAGAAGAAGUAUCACAUGAUGGAGAUCCGACUGAGGAACUCAGAACGAGCACAUCAAGACGCGGAGAACCGAAACGUCCUCCUCCAGCAGGAGAUGGAGGAAUUCUUCAAGACGCUUGGUGAUCUGACAACAGGAGCAACACGGACCAAAUGAGCAGACCACCACCACCACACCGUGGUGCGGUUAGAGCACGGACACUGGGAAGACCAACCAGCUCAGAAACCUUUAAGACCUCACACCUCUAGUGCUCUUUAGAAUGGCUGUCCUGUGCCUGCACUGACUCACGUUGGUGCCUAACAAGAACUUCACUGGACCAAGAGCCUUUUAUUUUGCCAUUCCAUAGAAUUUCUUAGCAUUAUACACUAUAUGUCCAACUGUUUCAUCACUGAAACAGUCUCCAUAGAGACCAGUAAAGCCUUACGGUGACUUAUUGUAGUAUUCACAUAUUUAUACUUAAAUGUAAAAGUGAGAGCGAUAUGAGAUGUGAAAUCUUUAUUUAUAGGAACUGAAGUUUCCGAUGUACAUGAACUGAGUCUGCCAUGUCAGAAAUGUAUACAACCGUGGUUCCAAAACACCACAAACGGGUCAACUCUAACCCUCAGAAGACCGCAGUGCCGCCUCAAAGGUGCUGAAUGGCUUUGUUUCUACAUUUGAGGCUUGAACAAAUGCUCAUGAAGAACUCCAUUCUUCAGAAAAUAUAGGACAGAAAAGGAGGUCACGAAGGUUGGUGAAGGAAGGGCCAAAAUCCCCAAACUCUGGGGUGAGCAGAGGUUAUUUUUCAUCUGAGGUCAAAUCUAGAAAUCAAACAAACCUAAAGGUGACCCGUUUCCUAAUUCUGAGGCAAGUAUCUACUGUUAAGAUUGUAUUAUUUAUGAGUUUACCACACAACGAAAAUAAACUAAAUGCAUAUAAAUGGUACUUUAGAAGAACAUGUCUGUUUAAAAAAAUAUGCCUUCUAGCUUGAAAUAAACUGAAAACUCA